UGAAACAAAACAUGAAGAAUACGCACCGCCAGGGUCGGCACCGCCAGGGUCGGCACCGCCAGGGUCGGCACCGCCACGGUCAGCUCUGCCACGGUCAGCUCCGCCACGGUCAGCUACGCCACGGUCAGCUCCGCCACGGUCAGCUACGCCACGGUCAGCUCCGCCACG